AUGUUAGAAUCUGUAAAGUGUGUGAUAUUAAUUCUAUCAGGAAAAGGAGGUGUUGGAAAAUCUACAGUGAGCACUCAAUUAGCUCUUACGCUUAAGGAAAAGGGAUUUAAGGUUGGGCUACUGGAUGUGGAUCUGUGCGGCCCGAGUGUACCUUAUAUAUUAAAUUUGGAAACAGAAAACAUCCAUCAGGGUGCUGAAGGGUGGAUUCCAGUGUAUCUUGAUAAGGAUCAAAAAUUGGGUGUUAUGUCUAUUGGAUUUCUUUUAAAAAAUCGUAAUGAUGCUGUUGUUUGGAGGGGACCCAAAAAAACUGCCAUGAUUAAACAGUUUCUUGAGGAUGUGUGUUGGCAAGACCUUGAUUUCUUAGUGAUAGACACACCUCCAGGUACUUCAGAUGAGCAUAUUACAGUCAUGGAGAACCUUCGUCAAGUGCCACAAUGCUCAGCCAUAUUGGUUACUACACCACAGGAAGUGGCCAUCGAGGAUGUUCGAAAAGAGAUAACUUUUUGUCGUAAAACUGGCAUUCCAAUUCUUGGAAUCAUUGAAAAUAUGAGUGGGUUUCAAUGUCCAACCUGCAAUGAAUGUACCAACAUAUUUUCAAGUGGCGGAGGAAAAGCUCUGGCCGACGUUGCCAAAGUUCCUUUCUUAGGGAGUUUACCCCUUGAUCCUCGAGUCGGCAAACUUGCGGGGCAGGGUGUUGCUGCUGUAAAAGAGCUUCCUGAUUCAAAUACAAGCAAAGUGUUUAACCACCUCGUAACUGUGUUGACUGAAUCAACACAGAAUGGUUCCUGA